UAAGGGUACAUGCAUCAAGAGGAUAUAACAAAGGAGGAGGCAACAAUGGUUUAUAAGAAAUGUACUCAUUACCUUACUCAUGUAAUUGUAACCCCUCUGUACAGUAUUUUCAUAAUUAAAAAAAAAACUUAAAAAAAAAGAAAACAUAAAUGUACCCAACACUGAAAAAAUAAUGUAUAAAGCAAGUGUUCACAGGUCUACAAGGGAGAAAUAGCAAUAUAAUAAGUCAAUGAUCUCAAUGAAUGAAUAGUCCAAAUAGCAAACCAGUCAGUAGGCAGCAGGUUUGAAUUACACUAUAGAUCAGACCUAGAAAACAUUUUGAUCAGACCAUUCAACAGCAGUUAAUAUACAAAUUCUUAAGUAUACACAGUUUUUCCAAGAUAGAGUAUAUAUUGUAACAAAUUUCUGAACACUGAAAUAUUAUCAUGUGUUCUUACAAUCUAGGUAUAAAAACUAGAAGAUCAAAGGAGAAAAACUGAAAAAUUCACAAAUUAAUCAACACACUCGAACUACCAAAGAAAAAUCUAAAAGUAAAUAAAGUAUCCUGUGACAUAUAUAAAUAUGGAAACACAACAUGCUAAAAUUAUGAAAUUUAGCAAAAGUAGUUCAAAAAGAAAAGUUUAUAUAAAUGUCUUCAUGAGUUAAAAGACUUCCAAUAAAUGCCUGAAGUUUACACCUAAAAGAAAUGGGGGUGGCGGGGGGGGGGGGGGGGGAGAAAAAGAUAUUUGAGGGUUGAAAAUGAGAUUAUCUUAAGCCAAGAUCUUCAAUGGAUGAAAGGAACUGGGUAAUAGCUGAAUUCCAGGGAGAAUAAAUAGAAAAUGCAUGACUACAUUCUCUCUUUGACAGAUUGACAGGUGGAGUUGGAAGCAAGGGAUCCAACACACCCAGGUGGUACUGGUAUGUGCUGGGCUGCUGGGUGGGGGAGGGGCAUCUCCACCCAGUGGCCCCUGACUCUCUGCCCCUCCCCCUUUCAAGAGCCCUUUGUGAUGAGGCCUCUGUGAUGUAGGCUUGGGCCCACAGCCUGCUGGCAAAGGAGAUUUAUAGAGCAAUUCAGAUGAUGGAGAAUCCUCUCUUCAAUCUGAAAAGCAGCAAUGCCCAAUGGCUGAGCCCCAGCUCCACAACCAUGGUGUUGGAUAUGAUCCUUGCCGUUGUGUGUGGAGUGGGACUUUUUCUCUUGUUACUGCCUUUUCUUAAUCGAAAACCACCCUUACCACCACCUGAGGGAAAAAAGAAGCAGAGGAAGGAUCAUCUGCAGAUAUGGCGGUGGAAAAAAAGCAGGAAGAAACAUAUACCUCCAAAAGCAUCUGGAGUACACCUGAAGGAGAUAAAAGAAAAAGAACAAAAUGGCUCAUGCUUAGAACAAAUGAGCCCAAAACAUCACCUGAAUCCUGUAAGGGAUCCAUUAGAGCCACCAAGUACAGAACAGGAUGACAAAACCCCACAACUUAUGAGCCCCGAACACCACUCGGAUUCUGCAGGGGAUCAAUUAGAGUCACCAAGUGCAGAACAGGAUGACAAAACCCCACAACUUAUGAGCCCCGAACACCACUCGGAUUCUGCAGGGGAUCAAUUAGAGUCACCAAGUGCAGAAAAGGAUGACAAAACUCCACAACAAAUGAGCCCAGGACACCACUCAAAUCCUGCAAGGGAUCAAUUAGAGUCACCAAGUACAGGAGAGGACAACAAAACCCCACGAUCCUUCUGGGACACGAAAGAUAAGUCAGAACAUCUACAGGGUCCUCAGCAACUAUCAUUACCCAAGAUCACAGAUGAUGAUUUCCAGAAGAAAUAUGACCAACUUUUCUGGGGUCUCCCUUCUCUACACAGUGAAUCCUUAGUGGCUACAGCCUGGAUCCCCCAGAAUUCUCCUCUACAGUCUCCAUUUUUCCUAUUCAAUGGAACUUCAAUUCAAGAUAAAAUAUCUCCACUGCUUUCUCAAGUCCAUCCCCUCUCCCAUCUGGAGUCCCAGCCCCCAUCCUUGAUUCUGCCUAUCUCCCAAUUCCAGCCCUCAUCUCUGGAUCAUGUCCAUCAAUCCUCUCUCCCUUCCCUGCCUUCUUCUCUACACCAUCUUAGGGACUACGGAACAUCUUUUUCUGUAACCCAAAGUAAAGUCCAAUUUUUCAGUCCAACUGAAAUCCAUUACCCAGAAAAGUCUUUGCUAAGGAGACAACUAGAACCUGAGUGGGAUUUCCCCUCAGUGGUCCAAACGUCUCAGCUACCUAGCUGUCCUAUCACUCCUAGCCCUUCCCAAGAAAGCUGGGCAGUCUCUAUCCUUCCUGAGAAUUUGCCAAUCAGCCCUGAGCUCCGGGGAAAACUGGAGCAACACAUUCAGAAGUGGCUCGUUCAACACGGAUUGGACCUGCCCCGCAGGAUCCAAGAGUCCCUGGAAGCGAUGGAUUUUCAAGAGGAGUUGACAAGAACGUGCUCGGAUAACAUCAAGCCUGGCCCUUCUUGCUCCUUUAUGUCGACCAGUGAACAGUACAAGGAAGUACAGAAGGUGAAGUUCCAUUUAGACAAGGAGGUUGGCAAGAACUUGGGGCAUAUUCUGGGAAGGGCCCCGAAAUACCCAUCCAAGGAGGCGGAAGACUCCCCAGUGAAAACUACCAAGGUGAACUCUAAAGAAUCCCUGAAGAAGAAUGACUCGGUGAAAAAUGGAUCAAGAUGCAGAGACAAGAACCUAUCAAGAGGCAGAGACAAGAAUCUACAAAACGACUCCAAAUCUCAUUUGGCCGGGAAGCUGGGGCGUAAAUGUGAGGUCCCGCGGCCUGUGAGCAUGCCCCAACCCUGGCUUCCUGCUUUGCCGAUGCCUAACACCCACAGGCAGACCAAGCGUCUAGAAUUUUCGGAGACUAUGGAAAGCUGCGAGCCCACCUUCCGAAAGCUUUCCUUCCUCGACGCAUGUACUCAUCAGGCCCUGGAGGCUCAUAUUAUAAAGCUUUGGGUGAAACACCGAUGGAGCUUACCCCUCAAGGCCCUGAAACCCAUUAAUGUCUUUAAGCUGAGAAAGCCUCAGCUUUUGGCCCUUCCGCACUUCAGUGGUCCCUCCUCCUCCACCUGCGUAUCGAAGGCCAGCUCGAAAGUUCAGGUUGCCAAAUUCCUGGGGAAACCACCCCAGGCAAGCCCCAAAGAGAAGGUGAUGGCUAACAGCAGUGUUCCCCAAACCCUGACUCCCCUUUCCCCCUCACCCUCAUGCAAGGAGACUGAAAGACUCCACAAAAGAAUCCCAUACGGAGAUGCCUAUGGCUCCUCACCGCCCCCUCCAACUAGAGCAGAGGGAAAAUGGGCUGCUCCGGUUCUCACGGGCAGCCAUGUGCACAGCAGCUGUCGAAGAAAGUCGGUCGUGGGGACUGGGCAAGGCGGCCUAGAGGUGCCUACAAGAUCUGCAACCCAUGCUCUAAGAAAGCCAUGCUUUCGGAAAGAAGUCACAAAUGAGUUUGAACAGAGACAGAGGAAUGCUGUGAUCCAGGCCUCAGCCUACGUCACCGGUGUCACCCUUCCACACUGCAACGCCAGGGACAUGCCCCUGGCCGCAAGUUAUCUGGCUCCUCACAUGUCAGAGGACGUGAUGAUGGAAACGCCCUGUAGCUCAGGGCAACAUCAGCCCCAUGUCGUGAAAUGCCAAGACACAUGGAGAAAUCAGCCCAAAAUGUAUGCCUUUACUUACAAAGGGGAGGAGUAUAGGAGACCAACCCCAAGGAAUCAUGACAAAACAUGUGAAGAAAUGAGGACCCCCAAACUCACUCCAGCCAGGAGAACGGAAGAAGCUCCAGAGAACAGAGCCCCUACUCCAGCUCCUCUGGAAAACCACUUCCAAAAAUUCAUGAGACGCUUUUUUCACUGGAUGCUACCCAAGAAAACAAUCAUGGCAGAAGCAGACACCCUAGACAAAGACAAGCCUAAGAGUGCCCCUGUCCGGAGCCACCAAAGAGGGCAAGCUGGGACACACAUGGACAGGAACAUGGCCGAGGCACAGGAACUCAUGACAGCCGUUGGACAGAUCGUAGAAAAGAAAAUGAUGCUUCAUCACAAGCUUUGCACCUUAAAAUCAAACCAGUACAAAGAAUACCCUCGAGCUCCCAACUGUCACAUUCCCUCUUACCAGAGACCCUCCCACUACUCAGAUCAAAGAAGGAUGACCAGCUAUGCAGCCACCAAGUGGCAGAGGUAUCCUACCCAGGACAGGAAACUCAGACCCAAACAGUCCCUGAAGAGUGUCCGAUUCAAUGAGCAGCGUGGGGCCGAACAUGCCUGCUAUCCACCCUCCAAGAAGGCUGUGUCACCGCCAACUGCCUCCCCACACGGGCCAACAGUGCCAGGGCCCUCGAGCCAUCAUCAGCAACACUGCCCAAGGCAUUGUCAUCUCAGGAGAGGUGUCUUGUCUAGAUCAGAAAAUCCUUCUCCAGUCCUUUCCGUUAGGAAAACAUGUCCCAAAGGAAAACUGUGA